AUGUCCGACCUCUUCACCACCAUCGAGACCCCCGUGGCCAAAUACGAACAGCCUCUGGGCCUCUUCAUCAACAAUGAGUUUGUAAAGCCUGUCGAGGGCAAGUCCUUCGAGGUCAUCAACCCCACCACCGAAAAGCCCAUCACCAGCGUCUUCGAGGCUACCGAGAAGGAUGUCGACAUCGCCGUCGCCGCCGCUCGCAAGGCCUUUGAGGGCGAAUGGGCCAAGGUCACCCCCUCCGAGCGCGGUCGCAUGCUCGGCAAGCUCGCCGAUUUCUUCGAGCGCGACAGUGAUAUCAUCGCCGCGAUCGAGUCGCUUGACAACGGCAAGGCCUUUGUCAUGGCCAAGGGUGACGUCGCCGCCGCCGCGGGCUGUCUCCGCUACUACGCCGGCUGGGCCGACAAGAUCCACGGGCAGACCAUCGACCAGAACCACGAGUCCCUGACCUACACCCGUCACGAGCCCGUCGGUGUCUGCGGUCAGAUCAUCCCCUGGAACUUCCCCAUCCUCAUGUGGUCCUGGAAGAUCGGUCCCGCCGUCGCCACUGGUAACACCGUCGUCCUCAAGACCGCCGAGCAGACCCCUCUGUCGGCCCUCUAUGCCGCCAAGCUGAUCAAGGAAGCCGGCUUCCCCGCCGGUGUCGUCAACAUCAUCUCCGGCUUCGGUCGCGUCGCCGGUGCCGCCCUCUCCUCCCACAUGGACGUGGACAAGAUUGCGUUCACUGGUUCCACCAUUGUCGGCCGUACCAUCCUCCAGGCCGCCGCCAAGAGCAACCUCAAGAAGGUCACCCUCGAGCUGGGCGGCAAGUCGCCCAACAUCGUCUUCGACGACGCCGACAUCGACAACGCCAUCUCCUGGGCCAACUUUGGUAUCUUCUUCAACCACGGCCAGUGCUGCUGCGCCGGCUCCCGCAUCCUCGUCCAGGAGGGCAUCCACGACAAGUUCGUCGCGCGCUUCAAGGAGCGCGCGGCCGCCAACAAGCUGGGCAACCCCUUCGACAUGGGCACCUUCCAGGGCCCGCAGGUCUCCAAGCUGCAGUUCGACCGCAUCAUGGAGUACAUCAACCACGGCAAGCAGAGCGGCGCCACCGUCGCCGUGGGUGGCGAGCGCCACGGCACCGAGGGCUACUUCAUCCAGCCCACCGUCUUCACCGACGUCACCAACGACAUGAAGAUCGCCCAGGAGGAGAUCUUCGGCCCGGUCGUCACCAUCCUGAAGUUCAAGGAUGAGGCCGAGGCCAUCAAGAUCGGCAACGACACCAGCUACGGUCUGGCGGCGGCCGUGCACACCAAGAACGUCAACACCGCCAUCCGCGUGUCCAACGCCCUGAAGGCGGGUACCGUCUGGAUCAACUGCUACAACAUGCUCUCCUACCAGGCGCCGUUUGGCGGCUUCAAGACGUCCGGUCUGGGCCGCGAGCUGGGCUCCUACGCGCUGGAGAACUACACCCAGGUCAAGACCGUCCACUACCGUCUGGGCGAUGCUCUUUUUGCUUAG